CAAGCGUCAGAGUCUGUGUUCGGGGGCAGUCGCAGCCCCAGAGAUGGCUGUGAGCGAGAGGAGGGGGCUCAGCGGCGAGAGCCCAACGCAUUGCGGAUGGGGAUACUUAUCGCUGCUGGUGCUGAUGCUGAACGGCUGCUCAGGCCGUAUUCACCGUCUGACUCUCACAGGGGAGAAGCGAGCUGACAUUCAGCUGAACAACUUCGGAUUCUACACCAAUGGUUCCCUGGAAGUAGAGCUGAGCUUACUCCGACUCAGCCUCCAGGAGACAAAAGAGAAGUCACCAAAAGUGGGGUUCAGCUUGAGCAGAGUUCGAUCUGGCAAUGUUCGCUCUUACUCGAGCCGAAACUCCAAUGAAUGCCCUCUGGACAGAAACAGCAGCAACUUCCUGGUCCUGUUCCUCAUCAAUAUCAAGGACCUGCAGGUCCAAGUCCGAAAAUAUGGGGAGCAGAAAUUGUUCAUCUCCCCUGGCCUCCUCCCUGAAGCUCCCUCCCAGGCAAGUCCCCCGAAGCCAGACCCAGCAGGCACCCCGAAGGACAACGGAGUCAUUCACCCAUCUCCUACAGAGAUGUCUGCAGUCAAGGAGGAUCAGGCAAAGCCUACAGUGCCCCAGGUUUCAGGGGGACACAGGCACUCAUCUGAGGGACAGCCACAAAGACAGCCACCCCCACAGGACCCCAGUGAGAAGGAAAAGGAUCUGGUGUUGGGGCUGGGCCACCUCAAUGACUCGUACAACUUUAGUUUUCACAUCGUGAUCGGCUCCAGGGCUGAGGAAGGCCAGUACAGCCUCAACUUCCACAACUGUCAAAACGCCAAAGCAGGCCAGGAGCAGCCGUUCGACCUGACUGUCAUGAUCCGAGAGAAGAAUCCAGAAGGCUUCUUGUCAGCGGCUGAAAUCCCCCUCUUCAAACUCUACCUGAUCAUGUCUGCCUGCUUCCUGGCUGCAGGCAUCUUCUGGGUGUCCGUGCUCUGCAAGAACACAUACAGUGUCUUUAAGAUCCACUGGCUCAUGGCAGCCCUGGCGUUCACCAAGAGUGUCUCCCUACUCUUCCACAGCAUCAACUACUACUUCAUCAACAGCCAGGGCCACCCCAUCGAAGGCCUCGCCGUCAUGCACUAUAUCACACACCUGCUGAAGGGCGCCCUUCUCUUCAUCACCAUUGCCUUGAUCGGCUCGGGCUGGGCCUUUGUGAAGUAUAUGCUGUCCGACAAGGAGAAGAAGAUUUUUGGGAUUGUGAUUCCCCUGCAGGUCCUGGCUAAUGUAGCAUACAUUGUCAUCGAGUCCCGUGAGGAGGGUGCGAGCGACUAUGGACUCUGGAAGGAGAUCUUGUUCAUGGUGGAUCUCAUCUGCUGUGGUGCCAUCCUCUUCCCAGUGGUCUGGUCCAUCCGGCAUCUGCAGGAUGCAUCCGGCACUGAUGGGAAGGUGGCAGUGAACCUGGCCAAGCUGAAGCUGUUCCGACAUUACUACAUCAUGGUCAUCUGCUAUAUCUACUUUACACGAAUCAUCGCCAUCCUGCUACAAGUGGCGGUGCCCUUCCAAUGGCAGUGGCUGUACCAGCUCUUGGUGGAGAGUUCCACACUGGCCUUCUUCGUGCUCACUGGCUACAAGUUCCAGCCGGCUGGGGACAACCCGUACCUGCAGCUGCCGCAGGAAGAUGAGGAAGACGUGCAGAUGGAGCAAGUGAUGACAGACUCUGGGUUUCGGGAAGGCCUGUCCAAAGUUAACAAGACAGCCAGUGGCCGGGAGCUGUUGUGACUUCCCUGUGUCCAGCGAGCCACCCUCAGACCUUCUGCACCUCGCACCCCUAUACUUGUCCCCAAGUGUGCAGGGAGUCCGAGGGGAUGCUGCUGACAAGGCACCCAGGAAGUGGAUCCCCAAGGAGCCUUUCAGAAAAGAUGCCCUUCUCCCUGCACCACAGCCCUGUCCUCGCCAGGGAGCACUUUGCCUCUUGUGGUACAAUAAGGACCAGUCUCUUUCAUUUCUUAAAUUUCUUGACUUUGAGGGUUCUGAGCGUUUAAGGCAGGCUGCAUUUAUGAUCUCGAACCCUGAAUUCUCAGUCCAUGUGGUGGCACGUGCCCGUCAUCCUAUUGCUCUGGAGAGCCUGGGGGGUCAUAAAACCUUGAUCAUUAAAAAAUAAAGAAAAAGCAGAAUUCCCAGUGAGGGGGGACCACCUGCUGUGCU